AUUUAUUUUUAUUAUUGUAACUCCGGUAUUGUUGGACCUCCAUUGAUGAAGCUCUGUUUUUCCCUUUCUCUCUUCUCAUUCCAACUCUGAAAUUCUCUCCGCAAGAAUUAUACGAACAUAUAUUAGUCCAAUUAUCUGAAUCGCCAUUUUUCAAAGGCUUUUUCCCAUUCUUCCAGUUAAUGGUUAAACGGAAGAUGGGGGGCGAUGUGGAAAAACUUGAAGAGGCCUUGAAUGCUAGUGGUUCAUUUGAAACUCAACCAUUGCGUGUUUCAAAUUCAAAGGAAGAAAAGCGAAAGAGAUUGUGGAAGAAGGUGAAGUACCAGCUGGUGGAGUAUCAUUCCUUGCCUGGCUAUUUGAAAGACAAUGAAUUCAUUCUUGGUCAUUACCGAUGCGAAUGGCCAGUGAAGCAGGCCUUACUCAGUGUUUUCACUAUUCACAAUGAGACUCUUAAUAUUUGGACGCAUUUGAUAGGAUUCUUUCUCUUCCUUGUGCUGACCAUUUAUACUGCAAUGAAGGUCCCGGAUAUUGUGGAUCUUCAGACUUUACAAAAUCUCCCUGAAAAGCUUAGGAAGAUUGAUAUACACAAAUUACCAGCAGAACUUUUACCAUGUAUUCCUUCUUUGCCAAAUAUGCCUGAUUUGCACAAACUUCAAGAGCAUUUACUGCAACUCCUGUCGAAUUGUCUACCUGAUCGAUUUUCCCACAGCAAUCAUACAGAUGUUGGUGUUCUGCAUAGUGUGAAGGAUGUGGCUAAUGUGAUAGCACCAUUAAUGGUGAAGCCUAUAACGCGGUGGCCAUUCUAUGCCUUCCUUGGUGGGGCAAUGUUUUGCUUAUUGGCAAGCAGCACAUGUCAUUUACUUUGUUGCCAUUCAGAGCGAUUAUCGUAUGUAAUGCUGAGGUUCGACUAUGCUGGUAUUGCUGCGUUGAUAUCAACUUCAUUUUACCCUCCUGUCUAUUAUUCCUUCAUGUGCUACCCCUUUUUCUUAUACCUCUACCUGGGAUUUAUCACUGUCCUGGGAGUUGGCGCAAUGUUGGCUUCUCUCCUUCCUGUGUUUCAAAAGCCAAAAUUUAGAAGCCUUCGAGCAGGUUUAUUUUUCGGGAUGGGCAUGUCAGGUGUGGCACCUAUUCUACACAAGUUGGUUCUCUAUUGGAACCAACCUGAGGCACUUCAUACUACUGGUUAUGAAGUUCUGAUGGGUGCCUUAUACGGCGUUGGAGCAUUAAUCUAUGCCCUUAGAGUUCCAGAAAGAUGGAUGCCGGGGAAAUUUGACAUUGCUGGCCAUAGCCACAACCUAUUUCAUGUACUUGUAGUGGCAGCAGCUUAUACACAUUAUCGCGCUGGAUUAAUUUAUCUGCAAUGGCGUGAUCAACAAGGGUGCUAAGAAUCAAUCACCAGAGGGGAAGAGUUCCUCAGGAUUUUGAUUUGUGGCCUAUUAGUUUCAUCAUCAUUUAAAUGUAUAUAAACAAAGUGGAUGAGAGGUCAACAGACCCUUUGUUGUUGAACCAUUUUCAAGAUUGGUUAAUUUUGCAACUAUCUUACGGUAAAUUCAUUCAACAUGCGCGGUUUAUA